AUGGUCUACCUUCCCAAUGAGAUCUGGCUCAAGGUCGCAGGAUAUUUCUACCCUCCGCUAGACCUCUGCACGCGUGAGUCCGAGACAGUCAAAGAACACGACAGAGUCGUACAGCGAACUCUUAUCAGUCUCUGUCUUGUCUCCAAGCAACUUCGCGCCAUAUUCCAGCCACGACUAUCCGGCAGCUUCACCAAAUACAGCAGAUCUAAUGCUCGCAACCUGCUGUUAGAGUCGGACUCGGAAUGGCGACACAAGUACUACCAAUGCAGCGAACAGAACUUCAUCCGUAAAACAACGAGACUCGAAUACUUCUUACGUACCUUGAUCGAGCGUCCAGAUCUCGCUGUCAUGGUCGAACAAUUACGUAUCGGCUGGUUUGUCGAAGAUAGUGCUCUCGAAGGAAAAAUCCAGAAGCUGUACGAAAGGCUUUCCUUGCACGGUACACUUGCCAGCACAUUCGUGGAUACUCUUAGGACGUUCCAAGGAUUUGAGCGUAUGAGUAUCGAAACCAGAAGAUCCUGGCUGAAAGACCUCCGGUCCGGCGAGGAGCAAGCAGAGGUCGCACUUCUGCUGGUUAUACUACCGAGCCUGCGCUUCUUACGUAUCGAGUCGAGAAGAGGCGACCUUACUAAGUAUGUACGAGAGUUACAUGACGCCCUUGUUGGCCCCAGACCUACAUCUUGGACCAUCGUUUCUGGAGAAGGGAUGUUGAGGAAACGUCGUGAUAGCAUCCAGUCUCAAUCACAGCUACCUCCCCAGAUUUUGAAGGCCCUCGAAUCACUCAAUGUGUGGUCGAAUUGUCAUGGCGAAGGCUCACUGGAACGUUGUGUGGAUCUCCUGUCGCUACCGUCGCUCACAUCAAUUGAUGCAAGAGGCCUUGAACAAUGGCACAAAGAAUUAUGGCCAUGGCCAAAGCCAAACAUCGACCUCACAUCUCUCCAGAAUCUGACCCUUGUACACUGCAGGCUCAGCGGAUCAGCCAUCACAGAUCUUUUGACAAAAUGCACAGGAUUGAGAUCUCUCACCCUCAACUCUCAAUUCGCCUUCAACCCAGAAGAAGAGGCACCUUUCCUUGGAACGACAGUCUAUACUGCUCUUCAAAAUCUGGCCGGAACACUGGAGCGUCUCACCAUGAUGGUGCCUGAGUAUAUCACUGAUCCAGACCUGGACCUGACAUCCUUCAAGAACUUACGUCACCUUGAGGUGGAUCAGCACUUGUUGCUUUACAAUCAGGGACAAGCAAACAUGCACAAGAACCUGCCAACAAGCAUACAGCAACUCGUUGUCCGAAGAACCAGCAUGUUGAUCAAGCCGAGUCUCGAGGCAAUCUUCAACACCUUCGAACCCACCCCUGAUUUCCCUAACCUUGCCGCUUUAAAGCUUUUUACAUUAUAUGAAGGUCCUGAUAAGUUGGAGGAAGACUUGAUCGGCCUUCGCAUACGAGCUCAACAACUCAGCGUCGGCUUUGAGUGGGAGGGAGAACCUGGACACAACUAUUCAGAGUUUUGGCAUGUUGACUCGGAUUCUGAGGAAGACCUUGCUUCGGAACAUUUCCAUUCAGACGAGGAGAAUUCAGAUGAUGAUGACUAG